AUGAAUACUCCAUUAAACCACUCGCCGUCCAUUGAGGAUUUGAAGGCUGUUAUAAUCCGUGCCUUGCCCGACGUAUCCAUCGAGUCUAUCCAACCGCCGCCCACAACUAGGCCGCAAAGAGAUGUUCACAUCAGGAUAUCAGGUAGCAGAACACUUAUGUUGACCAUCCCGCCACAUCAAAUGCUGAGGCUGCUGCGUUCAGAGCAAUGGCUGGUGCUCUCGGAGGCGCUGAUAAUCCCAUGGAUGUGCAGGAGGGCAUUGGAGUACACAACGAAGGACAAAAGGACAUCGAUCUCUUAUCUUAUCGAAACCGAACCAUCACACGACAUUGCAACAAGCCCAACAAACUCAGAAAAAGACUUGAGGCGGGUUGAGACGUCCGAGGGGUCUUUGAUCCGGUACCUUCCCGCCCUAAUCUCGCACUCACCCGCAAGUGAACAGCUGGGAACGGCAUACAACUUGACAGAGCCGCCUCGAGGAGUACCUAUCACUUCUUUGCCGGUUCCUCUUUCCGAGGCAGAAAGGAGUAGGGUGGAGUACCAAAAAGGUCAAUUUAUCAGAUGUAUAUCAAACCUGAAAGAACCAGGUUCGAAGUUUGGAUUAGUUGUCUCUGUCCUUGGGCCACAAUCGUCGUCAUCGGCGGAUUCUAGCGCUGCAGCGGCAAUUGUUGGAUCAGGAGGCGUAAACUCCUGGUCAAAUGCUUUCCUUGCUCUGGUGGAAGGGACGCUCCGGGAUGGCGAAGACCGUGCCGUUACCAUUAGCUAUUCGUCGAUUCGGCAUCAUAUGCAUCGGCUCAGUCAUCUUUUGGAUGCGGUAACACAAUCACGGCUUGUGGUAUUAGACGCCGGCAGUGAUCUCAAUGUGUUGGUCUCAGGCUCGAGACAAAAAGAGGACCAGAAGGAUACACAACCACUAUCAACGGGGGCAACGCAAGGCACACUUUCUCAUACCAAUAUUGCCAAACAGGAUAGCUUGGGCGAUGAAACGAAAGAACCAGGGUCAAAAUACAUUAAGACAAAGAACCCAGAUAGAAGACGGACGGGGAGUCCAGGUGGCGGGAGCGAAACAAAGCAAAGCUAUGACUUUCCCGGAAUGUCAGUUACGGGCCUUCGAGACUGGAGCAACUGCAUUUUUGGUGACCCGCUCAUGACAUCAAUCUUCAGCGAAGACCCAUCUCCUGAGUUUAUUCGCGGCUUUCGACAGCAGCCACCAUCUUCUACGACCUCUUCGGCGUCCACAACAAGUACACCGAGGUUGUCAAGUCCGCCAACUGACGAGAUCAUCGAAGACCGCGAGAACGCAGCUGUUCGUAUCCUGAUGUACGAGUGCUACCACGCCACAGUAUGCCUUGUCAAGCAAUUCUACCGGCCCGCUAGGGCUGACAGCAGCAAGCGCGAAGUAGAAGCUAGGAGGCGCCUGGCAACCGUUCUGAACAAACUAGCGGAGGUCGAUGAGAAUGCGACAAAGAGACAUCGCACAGCAAGUGCGGACAUCUGGCCGGUCAAGAAACCAAAGGCCAGGACCGAGGCACAAGAUUCUGAGUGA